GUGUUCUGUUCGCAUUUACUCUACCGUGAUUGCCCUAAUCUCUCUCAGAUCGAUCCUGGUCCUUGUCCAGAACUUACACUCCAAGUCUGUAAAUUUAUUUUUUGCAUCUGCUGGCGAGAACGCAAGCUGAGUUACAAUGUUUCCCGAGGACCUGGCAUCAAAACCAGCACCGCUUAGAUAUCAAUAAAUCCCUCCAUGACCUUCACCGCCGCUCCCUCCAAUUCAAUUCGCUGAAUCACGCCAUCGUCCCCUACUCUCACCGUGACCUUGAUCUCGCUCCUCCUGCCCAUCUCGACACCCUGCAGAAUGUCGACCACAUGAACACCAGGCCCGCGGCGCAGCGCAAGCCACCCCGCCAGCGUCGAGGCCGCCGAGCCCGUCGCCGGAUCCUCGAGCGUCCCGUCGAACAUGCGGGUGCGCACGACGCCGUCGGCGCGCUCAAAGAACGCGUACACGCCGGCGAAGCCGACGCCCCAGGGCCCGAGAACCGUCUCCGCGUCCGGCACGGUCAGGCGCGCCGGGUACGGCCCCAUGCGCGCGAGCGCGUCCUCGGACGCGAGCGCGAGCAGGACGAAGGUCAUGCCUUUGACGAUCGACGCGCACGCCUCGGCGCCCGUGCGCCCGUGGACGAAGUCGGCGUCGUGCAGGGCCGCCUGCGGGGUCUUGAGCUGCGGGAUGGCGAGCGAGGGGUGCGUCUUGAAGUCGAUGGGGACCUGCAGCUUCACCAUCCCGCCCUCCUGCACCACGGGGAUGUCCCCCGCCUUGGUCCGGAGCGUGACCGUGUCGCGAUCGGGCGCGAUUGAGAGUAGGUGGAAGCCGGAGCCGAUGGUCGGGUGGCCAGCGAAGGGCAGUUCCUCGGUUGUCGUGAAGAUGUCGAUCGUGACAGGGUCGUGGGAGUCCUGCUCGUGGUGGAAGACGGUCUCCGAGAGGUUGAACUCGCGCGCGACGAGCUGCUUCUCGUCCUGGGAUAGCGUCACGUUCGGGGGGACAUGGACUAUCGCGAGGGGAUUUCCAGAGAAAGGCGUCGACGUGAAGACGUCGAGUUUGGUGAAGCGAAGAUGCGGGCUCAUGAGGAACGAGGUGGACCGAGGUUUGUAUGAGUCAUCGCGACUCAAAGUAGAAAGUAGAGUCUCAAGUGAUUAGUUGUGCAUCUGAUGGCUGGAAAUAAAGCGGCUCAAGCCUUGAAUACUCGAGUAUCAUGCUUAUGGCGCUGGCCUCUGCUUUGGGGAUAGACCUAGGCUUGAGCAGGAUCUUCUAUCAGCCAUCCGGCGCGGGUUUACGAUCACAGGAUGGAGUAUCGCGAGGAAGACGACGACCCGUGGCAAGGAAAGAAGACCUACGGCUCGUACUGGAGUCACAGUUAACAUUGAGAAGCGAGUCCCGGGGACCCGUCCAUCGGAAAGCUGCACUAGGAACAAGUCUCUAGUCGCUUACAUUCCCCGCAACUUCAUAUCCAUCUCCCGAAGCCCGAGUCCUUCACCCUCCCGUCGAUCGAGGUCCAGAGCUCCUCGACGCGCCGUGAGACAUCCGUUACCAGAUGCAGAUGCCGACCAUGUGGGUGAAGAGUACAGGAAACGUGCCGGAUCUUUCGUCGGAGCGUCGUCUGCUCAAGUGCACAAACCACAAACAACUCGAAGCUCCGAGAACCCCUCGCUAGACAGCAGCCGCGGUUCCCUUGCCUCGCACACUUCCUGAUACCGAUCUUGAAGCUCCGGCACUGUGGGCUCAUUGCGCGAAGCCUCGGACGGAGUCGAGCCGGUACCGUUCUGCAGGGUGUGCCGUGGCGACCUCUGCCGAGUGAUAUGGUUCGACGUUCCGGUACGUGAAUAGGAAGGAUUUGAUCGAUUUUCUGGUCACUGACACAAGAUAUUCUGAGCAGAAGGACGGGGAAGUUGAGCUCCCCAAGCUCGUUGUGGAGCGUGCGGCAGAUAUUUUACACGUUGGUGGGAAGUCGCAAGACGUGUUUUCUUGUCGGAAUACCUCACAGUAUGAUUUAAAUUGAGCGCAGGGUUCAUGCUUGGUUCGACUAUGGCGACUUGCGAGUCUACUUGGCAACUUGAGCAGACGUGACUCGUUGUCACCGUGACAUGAUGAAUCCAAUGGCAAGCCUCGCUCACGGCUACUUGGCCCUACCGGAAAAACCCUGCACAGAGUUGAAGCGAACAAGCUGGGUCAAGUGACGCGGCCCACCGGCGAAUCAUCGGCGAAACCGAUAUAGUAUGGACCGUCAAUUCCCCAACGUAUGCUCGCUAGGCUACCCUCUCUUCCUUUAUCCCUCGAGCCAACAACUUUGAAAGUCGUCCCACUAUGCCUCCAUCUGACUUUGCGAAAGCCAACGUCGCAGAGAUCGUCGAAAAGCUGACGACGGACGAGGCGAUCCACCUUAUCGCUGGUGUUGGAAACUGGCAUACAGCCGCGAUCGAGAGGUUGGGUAUACCUGCUAUCAAGGUCAGCGAUGGCCCGAACGGUGUGCGCGGGAACCACUUCCUCAUGGGCACGCCCGCGAAAUGCCUGCCGUCCGCGACCGCGCUGGGCGCGACCUGGGAUCCCGCGCUGAUCCACGAGGUGGGGCUGAAGCUUCUCGCUCCUGAGGCGAAGCUGCGGUCUGCGUCCGUCAUCCUCGCCCCGACGUGCAACAUCCAGCGUAACCCCCUUGGCGGUCGAAGCUUCGAGAGUUUCUCGGAGGACCCGUUCCUCUCUGGGCUGAUUUCCGCAGCCUACGUGAAUGGCGUCCAGGACGGCGGGAUUGCGAGCACGAUCAAGCAUUUCGUGGCUAACGACAAGGAGAAUGAUCGGAUGGCCUACAGCAGUGACCUCAGCGAACGUGCUCUGCGGGAGAUCUAUCUCAUGCCGUUCAUGCUGGCCCAGAAGCUGGCCAAGCCCUGGUCGAUGAUGACCGCGUACAACCGGGUCAACGGGACUCACGUGUCGGAGAAUAAGCACAUCCUCCAGGAGAUCCUGCGGAAAGAGUGGAAGUACGACGGCAUGGUAAUGAGCGACUGGUUCGGAGUGUACAGCCUCGACCUCGCCAUCCACGCGGGGCUCGACCUUGAGAUGCCCGGGCUCAACAAGUGGCGCACGCACGACCACGUGAACCGGUCGAUCCAGUCGCGCAAGGUGACGACGCGCGUGAUCAAGCAGCGCGCGGCCAAGGUCCUCGAGUUCGUGCAAAAGUGUGCUAUUGCCGCGCCGGACGUGCUGGACGGCGACGGGCUGGAGCGCACGCUGGAGAGCGAGGCCGACAAGAUUCUUAUGCGCCGCACUGCCGCCGAGUCGAUCGUCCUGCUGAAGAACGACGGGGGGCUCCUGCCCCUGCAGCCCAAGACGCUCAAGAAGGUCGCGAUUGUGGGGAGCAACGCCAAGGCCCACGUCCUCAGCGGUGGAGGCUCGGCUGCUCUGCGCGCGUCGUACUUCGUCUCCCCGUACCAGGGCAUCGUCGAUGCGCUGGGCAGCGAUGUCGAGGUCACGUUCUGCGAAGGCGCUCGCGCCUGGCUCACCUCCCCGUCGAUGGACACCGAGCUGUUCACGGACGACGGGAAACCCGGCUGGACGGCGACGUGGCAUUCGCACGAGCACGACGAAAGCAUGACUGCGCUCGCGGAGCCCGUCGAGACGCGGUACAUCGACGAGACGCGGAUCUUCAUCAGCACGUCGUACCCCGCUGCGCUGACUAAACGGUGGACACUCAAGCUCCGGGGUCACAUGCUGCCGAGGGAAAAGGACACGCCGUUUGAGUUUGGACUGUUUUCAGCGGGGCGUGCCAAGCUGUUCGUCGACGGCCAGCUGAUCAUCGACAACUGGACGCGCCAAACGCGUGGCGAGCACUUCUUCGGGCAGGGCUCGGUCGAGCAGUUUGGGGUGUUCACGCUCAAGGCGGGCGUGAAACAUGAGAUCUUUGUCGAGUACUGCAAUGUGCGCGCACCCGCCGAUGGCGACGAAGACGAGAUGGUCAUGGACAGCAACCCCGGUGUCCGGCUCGGUGGAUCCGAUGUCGUGAGCUCUGAUGCGCUGCUCGAGGAGGCGGUGUCCUUGGCCAAGGAGGCCGACGUGGUGAUUGCCGUCGUUGGAUUGAACGGGGACUGGGAGACGGAAGGCUACGAUCGCACAACUCUCGCUCUGCCGAGACGCACGGACGAGUUGAUCGCGAAGGUCGCCGCAGCGAACCCAAAGACGGUCGUGGUGACCCAAUCGGGCUCUGCGAUUGUGAUGCCGUGGAAGAGCCAAGUGCCGUCCAUCGUGCACGCGUGGUAUCUCGGCAACGCAACCGGGGACGCCAUCGCCGAUGUGCUCUUUGGCAAGGUCAACCCGGGCGCCAAGCUGUCGAUGAGCUUCCCCGAGCGGCUGGAAGACGUGCCGUCUCACGGGCAUUUCCACUCUGAGAACGGCCGGGUGUUGUAUUCGGAGGAUCUGUUCGUGGGCUACAAGCAUUAUCUGCACCGCAACAUCAAGCCGCAGUUCGCAUUCGGCCACGGCCUGUCCUACACGACGUUCGCGAUCUCAGAUCUGAGCCUGUCCUCGCCGAUCGUGACGUCCGACUCGUUCGAGCUGACCGUCUCGGUCAAAGUCGCGAACACAGGCGCCGUCGCGGGAGCCGAGGUCGUCCAGGUGUACGUGAGCCUGCCGACGACGUCCUCGGUGACGCAUGCGCCCCUGCAGCUCAAGGGCUUCGCGAAGGUCCCGCUUAGGCCUGGGGAGAGCAAGAUCGUGGACAUCGCGCUGGACAAGUACGCUGUGUCGUAUUGGGAGCAGAUUGUCGGCUCCUGGGUCGUCGAGACGGGCGAGUAUCUCGUGCGCGUGGGACCCAGCAGCGAUCUGUUGAAGCUCGAGAGCAAGUUUGCGGUGCAGAAAGGAUUCGAGUGGAAUGGGCUCUGAGUUAUUGUAAGUAAAUGUAUAUGAUGUUUUGUACCGUAACUACUUUGUCGUUGAGAUGUACAUGUGUGGAACCUGCAAAUGCCAGCUAUCAGUUGACGGA